UUUUGUUAGCAAUUUUUUGGUAUGGUUCGCCAAGCUACUGGCCCAAAUGAACACCCAAUAGCACCUACGUUUUUACAAGUGUAUAAACUUCUAUCAAUAUAUUCAGUAUUAAAACCUCCAAAAACAGGACACUGCCAGAUUCUUGAUUCAACAACACCUAAAAUAACAUUGACUGAUUUAAAAGAAUUAUCUAAAAGCAAUCUAUCAGAAAGGCAACAAAAAAUAGAAAAACUAAAAGAAAAAAUAAAUAAAAUUAUUGAUGACGAUGAUGAAUGUGAUCCGUUAGACGCUACAGUUGUUGAUAUUAUACCAGAUCAUAACUACUGUGAAAUUCAAAAAGAUACAGCUAAAGAAUGUGUUGUAUAUUAUUUAUGUGGUUUUAUGUGCCGUCAAAUAGUUCUUAAAAGAACUAAAUGUUUAAAUUGUCUUUCUGGUUUAAAGGGAUCUGAUACAAGACCAGAAGCAGCUUUAACAAACUUGAAGUCUAAAGGAUUCUUGAUACAUCCAAAUUAUUCAAUUUUUACAUUAGUUUCAGCAAUUGAAGAAGGCUUUGUACAAUACUGUAAUGUUCCUGAGGUGUUUGAUAAGACUGUACAUUUUUUAUUACAACAUCAUCAGAAAUUACUAAAAUUUCCUUGUGUAGAACAUGAAAGUGAAAUGCUUACUUCCAUAGUACAUUUCUACAUUACAAUGCGGAUGAAGCAGUACACAAGAAAUCUGAACAGAGAAACCAAAAAGCUAAGUUCUAAGAAAAAAAAAAUGUCAAAACUGUUAAUUAAUUAAUUUACCCUAUCAAUUUUAUACUUUUGAAUAAUAAGUACCAUUUUACUAUUGUUAUAGUUUUGACUUUUGGCUUGUUAUUCAUUAAGCCGUUACUCCUUAAACAUUAUAUUAACUAUACCUAUGUAUCAUAUUAAUAUUAUAUAAUUAAUAGUUAUUUUGCCAUGGUUGGUGGUAAAGGUAGUUAAAUUCGUAUAAUAAUUAACAAUUUAACAGAAGAAUUAAUUUAUUAAACAACAAAUAGUAAUUAUUAUUUAUGGUUUCUCAUGGAUUUGUUGAAAAUAGAUGUUAUUUAUUGCCACCAGGUAGCGCUGAGGCUCAAAAAGGAAGAUCCCCCCCGUACACCCGAAACCUGUAUACCUUUUUCUGACCGCGUUAUCGUGAUCGUCGCCAGUCCUGUAUAUCUAUAGUUCUGUAGUCCGUGCUGUUUAUUAACAAUAUUGUUUAUCUAUCUCGAUCACGGUUUAAGAUAUACCGUGGUUAUAAUACAAUACUCUAUGUGAUCCAUACAAUCAUAAUACAAUCAUAGAUAAUAAAGAUCUAUAUUAUCUAUGAAUACAAUCCACUAUUCUGAUAUCUAUAGCCGUGGUCCACGACCUAUAGUCCGGCAAUUCCUAUUUCCUUGGUAGUUGACACCUAUUAAUUAUUACAAAGUACAAAUUGAAAUUUCUAAGUUAAGAACUUAAAACAAUUACCAUUUAUUUAUAUUUUAUUAAUGAACUUAAAUGAUUUUUAUUUAUCUGUGAUUUGCGUUGAGUGUUGUAACUUUGAUCGUUAAUAAUGGUUUAUUAUAUUUUUCAAUUUUCACUACCAAUAACUUUUAAUAAACCAAUUAAAAAUUAUUUUUAAAGAUAUUUUCAUUGUUGUCAAAGUUUUCAAAAAUUAAGUUGUUGAAUUAAAAAAAUUGCACGUAUAAUUAAAAUGCAGGAAAUUGAAGAUGAAGCACAAAACAAAAUAAACCAUGCCAUAACGGAUAACAGAUAUGUGUUUGAUUUUGAACAAGUCAAUUGGAACAACAAACAAACAAUCAAUAAAUUUAAAUGUAGUAUGACACAAAAUGCGUUAGACCAAAUUGAGAAUGAACGAAAAAAUAUAGAAAAAGAUUUAAAGUUAUUACAAGCUAUUAAAGAUGAGAAAUCAAGGCUGCAAAAUUUAAUGAUUUCAUUUUUAGAGCUGAGAAAUGAACUGGAAGAAAAACUUGAAAGGUCAUCAAGUCUUUAAAAAAAUUGUCCAUUUGACUUAUAAUAUAAAAUCUAAUAAAUUGUGAAUGUGAAAAUUGUGGUUUUUGAUCUGAUAUGUAAAAACUAUUUAAUAAUAUAAAUUAAAUAAUAAUUUACAUUU